AGAGCGAGUCGCCACACAAACUCCUCCCAUAACAAGACACGGAGUUCAACGUCUUGAAUUGUUCGAGGGAACAUGUCAACAAGACACGAAACCAACAGUCCUCAAGCUGGCUCAUAAGGGAUAAUGAACAAGAGGAAUAUGCUACACUGAGAGAAGAAAAAAUGGAGGCAUAACUCCAUUUUGCACAAAUUUAGCGAGUUAUUUACUUUUGUUCUCUGUCUGCCAAAUGUCUUCUAUAGACUGUAUAAAAUUUUAGCCUUCAGUUUUUAUUACCUUCUUUUCAACUGUGAAUUCAAAAACAAAGACUCAGAAUGUACCAAGUAGUCCCAGGAGGCGCAGGAGGAACAAUUACUGAUGGCAUGCCCAUCAAGAAGAUAGACAAGGACAGUCGCCCUCUGGUGGGGGCUGGAGUUAUUGGUGCGAUUCUGGUGAUUGCAGCAGUGACUGCAUGGUGCUACUAUAUUGCCUCCCUUCGUAAAGCUGACCUGCUAAAGACGGAAUUGCUUGAUCUGAACAAGGAUGGCUUUCUCAUCCGCAACCAGGCUGGGAGGAUUGUUCUGAAGAUGGGUUUCAGAUCUGGCACCCUUGAUCUCGACUCUUGCUCCAAGGAGGGAGUGAUCCUUCGCUGCUCGCGUUCGUUUGCUGGCAAGGUGAACUUCUUUAUUAUGACAGUGAAACCAAAGGAGACGGUUGUGUGUUACCGUGUGCGUUGGGAAGAGUUGGAGUCAGACCGACCUGUGGAACACGCCAUGUCCUACAAUGAAUCGCAGUGGUAUGGUGGUGCUGAGACUGCUGUUCAACAUUGGCCUAUCGCCAUAUCAGGCCAGCAGGCACCCAAACCUUUUGUCACUAGCGACGUGUACUCCAAUCGACAUGACUUUGGAGGCAUCCUGGAGCGCUACUGGCUUUCAUCCAAUGCAACUGCCAUUAAGAUCAAUGACUCUGUGCCCUUCCACCUGGGCUGGAAUGAUACAGAGAAAACUAUGUACUUCCAGGCACGAUAUCAGGACAGUCCAUACAAACCUGCACCUGGAAGACCUCCCUAUGCUGAACUUAGUUACAGAGUCUGCGUUGGCCAAGAUGUGACCUCAAUCCACAAAGUCAUGGUUCGUCGAUACUUCCCCAAACCCAACAAAGUGCCUGCCAAGGAAAUGUUCCGGCAUCCAAUAUGGUCAACCUGGGCUUUACAUAAGAAGGACAUCAACCAGGAAAAGCUUUUAACUUAUGCUGAGAAUAUACGCAAACAUGGUUUUAACUGUAGCCACUUAGAGCUUGAUGAUCGUUAUACUAGUCAAUACGGGGAGUUUGAAUUCGACACACUGAAGUUCCCAAAUGCUUCUGCCAUGUUUCAAAAGCUCAAGGCAGGGGGCUUCCUGGUAUCCCUGUGGACUCAUCCCUUUGUGAAUUAUGAUUCUGCUAAUUUUGGGCCAUGUGUACAGAAAGGCCUGUUUGUGAUGGAGCCAACAGGCCAACUUCCUGCAUUGGUUAAAUGGUGGAAUGGUAUUGGUGGAAUCCUUGAUUUUACCAAUCCAGAAGCUCGCAACUGGUUCACAUCCCAGCUUCGUUCUUUACGUCACAAAUACGGCGUUUCUUCCUUCAAAUUGGAUGCAGGCGAGACAAACUACUUGCCCUGGCAGUUCAGAACUCGAGUUCAUCUCCCCGACCCAAGCACCUUCACUCGCCGCUACACAGAAAUGGCCAUUCCUUUUAACGAACGUGCUGAACUUCGGUCCGGCUACAGCUCUCAGAAUAUCUCUUGUUUUUUCCGUCUAAUUGACCGGGACUCUGUGUGGGGCUAUGAACUUGGCCUCAAGUCCCUGAUCCCAACCGUCCUCACCAUUAGCAUCCUGGGCUACCAGUUCAUCUUGCCAGACAUGAUUGGAGGCAAUGCCUAUCCCAAUCGUACUGAUGGAAAUGGCAGGCUACCAGACCGUGAGCUCUAUAUUCGGUGGCUGGAGCUGUCUGCUUUCAUGCCCUCCAUGCAGUUCUCCAUUCCUCCUUGGGAGUAUGAUGACGAAGUGGUGGCUAUUGCUCAACGGUUCACUGAGCUACAUGAGACAUUGGUGGCUCCCAGGGUCAUAGAAUUGGCUGGAGAAGUUCUGGACACUGGGGACCCCAUAAUUCGCCCACUAUGGUGGAUCGCCACCAGUGAUGAAACGGCUUAUAGAGUUGACUCACAGUUUUUAAUAGGAGAUGACUUGAUGGUGGCACCAGUGCUGGAACCUGGCAAGCAAGAAAGGGAUAUCUAUUUACCAGCUGGACGCUGGAAAAGCUAUAAAGGAGAACGAUAUGACAACAAAGAGCCAAUACACCUAACAGAUUAUCCAGUUGAUCUUGAUGAAAUUGCUUACUUUGAAUGGGUUCAGUGAGACUCAUGGGAAGCAUCUGGAGUUUUGAGCAUGUCUUCCAUUUAAAGCGUUUGUGAUGGUGUUGAUUUUUUUUUUCAGGGAAAUUAGCUAUAGUUAUUCAUCCAGGGUUUAAAUCUUACAAUGUAAACAGGGCUGUUUAAGAAGUAAACUUCCAUUUGCACAUUCUGACAUUCUUCAUCAGCUUGGUUGUGACGUUCAGUGCCAUUACAACAGUUAAACAUGCAAUAGAUAAUCUAAAGCUAAUGUCUUAAUCUGUGCCUUGCAUUUAAACAGUGAAUGUCUUUGAUAUUCCGGCCCAAAACCUUGACACAAUUAAGCUUUCACAUAUGCGUCUUGCCAAAUAAACUAACUUUAAGGAUGUACUAAUGGGCUGUGACAGGUGAUUUUUGCACAAUGUAUGCUUCGUCUUCUGUAAUCAGCAUUUUUAACAAGGGAAAUUUUACCAGUACUGUACAUAAAUCUUCCUCUUGCAAGGAAAACUAUUACUUACUCUUCAGAUCAUCUUCUCAUAGGACAUCAGCUUGAUUUCUCUGAAAUACAAUUUUGUGAAUGCGUUUAAAACAGUAUAUGGCUUUUAACUGCAAGCACUAGUGCUGCACUUCUGUAAAGUUAGGCCAUGCAUGCAGCAAAUCUUCCCUACUUUUGUCUCAUAAGCACCAAUAUUUGAUAUAAUCAUAUUAAAAAUUGGGUGCUUGUGGCUGCAUUUGAAAUGACCAGCAGUCAUUGACCAAUGACCAACAGUUUUUUCACUAUUCGCUAAACUGUCAUUACGUAGUGCCAAAUAUAUCACCAACAGACCUUUUACAAGCAUUACUCCAUUACUGCCACAAUUACGAAACUCUUUCCUGCCACAUGAAAUAGUUGUUUGUCUUUUCGUAUUAAAUCAAUGUGUGCUGCUCAUCUUGUUUUAAAUAUUAUGCUGUGCUGCCUAAUUUUACUGUUUUGCAAUAAGGGCACAACACUAAAUGCUUAGUCAGUUAAUCUUUAUCAGAUUAUUUUUUUUUUUGCUGUGCAAGGGUCACCUUUGUGUUUGUUGUGUUUGUUUAAUGGUCUUCCAGCAGGCUGACAAUCGACUCACACUGCAAGCUUUCUCUAAUCUACGACCUUCAAGCUUAUUUUUAGCUCUUCUCACACAACUGUGAAAGCGCACUCAUCUACUCUGGUGAAACAAUGAAUCUGUCAAGCAAAGUGUCUGCUCUAAAAGUAGCUAUGGAGCAUGUAGACAUAUGGCAGCUGCCUUUCCAGUACUUGUGUACCUCAAAUAACCAUUUAGUGUUGCUUCAUGGUAUUUUAAUAACUUAUUUGGGGGAUUUUCUUCACUGGGACUAUAUGCUUGUGGAUUUUACGCUGUUGGAGAUCUUGUUAAUAGGCCCCUGACAGUGCGGGCCCCUGGUUGACCCAAACAGACUGUAGACUGCUGAUGUUCCAGAAACUCACCAGAGCAUAGCUACCGUCAGCUUUCCUCAGACUGGAAUUUCAUGUUGUUGUUUUUUUUUUUUUUUUAUCAUUAUUGUUAACACAAAUUCUCAGAAAAAAAUUUACAUCUCAUGUGUGUUCCUUCAUCAUGUGUUUAACUUUUAAAAAUGUCUGAAAAUAUGCAAAAUGUCUCCGAUUAAUACAUUUCUGUUUGUAUGUCAAAACAAAUGGCAGUGAAUGAAAGUAUUUAUUCAUUUUGUGCAUACAACUGCGCAUUUUGCUUUGGAUUUCACAUGUCCUGCUAGGGCAAAUGCUACGUUUGACCAGCUGUACUGAAACAGUAUCGUUCUCCAGAGCGUCACAGGAGGGCAGUGUUCACCUGCUUUUCUAGUCCUUCACUUGAAGCUUGUUGAAGUGCAUUGGCAUGGCACAAGAAUCCUGUACUUUGUAAUUUCAGUAUUUUUCUCUCCCUGAAUAUAAUUAGCCUGAUAUUGAAGUAAAAUGGUACCAUUAAACUUUUGACCUCU